AUGACUCUUCGUCCACUGCUAACGGCCGCGCUCGCGGCGACAACGGCCCUCUGCAAGCCCACCAUCCUCAAAAGUCGUGCCGUCAUUGACCAUGAUGCGGUCGUUGGUUUUGCCGAGGCCGUGCCGGACAAUAGCGAAGGGGACCUGAUGUUGGCGUACAAGCCAUAUCUCAAGGUCUUCAACGGCUGCGUUCCCUUCCCUGCGGUGGAUGCGGAUGGAAACACCUCUGGUGGACUUAGCCCAACAGGAGACUCAAAUGCCGGUUGUUCCUCCAGCACUGGCCAGGUAUACGCGCGAGCUUCCGUGUACGAGGAGUACUUUGCAAUCAUGUACAGCUGGUACAUGCCAAAAGAUGAGCCAUCCGACGGGCUCGGGCACCGGCACGACUGGGAGAACGCCGUUGUCUUCCUCUCGGGGAACUCAUCGGACGCCACGUUCGUAGCCAUGGUCGUGAGCGAGCACGGGGGCUACGUGAGCGGGACCGCCACCUUUGACGGCACCCACCCCUACGUCGGAUAUAUCAGCUACUGGCCCGUGGACCACACCCUGAUCUUCACCACCACCGAGGGUGGCACGCAGCCGCUGAUCGCCUGGGAAGAGCUGACGGAGGCGGCUCGCGAGGCGCUCGAUACGACCGAUUUUGGCGAUGCGACUGCUUCUUUCAAGGAUUCCAACUUUCAGUCAUACCUGGCUGAUGCAUAUUCCACGGCAUUCUGA